AUGGAAUUCUUCAUCAAAUCUGCCCCAAUCUUAGAAACACUAGUUCAGACAACAGCCCUCAUGGUACGGGGCAAUCUAUCCUCGACAGAAGCGCUCCAAACGAGACGCCAACUCCUGGAUGGCCUAGGCGAGACUUUGCCGAUAUUUCUGGCAUGGCAGAGAGACACUAAAACAGCCGUAGCACUUUUAAUUAAAGCUAUAGAGGACGGCAACGAAGGACCAGAAGCGCGGAUUUUCAAUAUCACGCUUUUGCCUGGUGUAUACAAGGCUGUGGAGAUUAUCCACAACCGAUUACAAGUCGCUCUUGGAGGCGCGGAUGUGUAUCUUAUGGAGAUGAGUUCCAGGGAUGCGUCUUUGCUAUUUCUACAAAAUCUCAAGGAAAGAGGCCCAGCUUCAGCAGGAUUGCUGGAAGUCAACAUGGUUAAAUCUAUACCAGGUACAUCAUCGGACUGGAUGGCACACGCGGCGUCACGGCAUGGCAUGGAGGCGAAACCCCCGAUCCCUUUAUUGGAAAAGACGUUUAUUUACGCUGGCUUUCGGCCAUGGGUGUUACCUAUCCUACAGCAUAGCAUUACCAGUUUCUCUGAUUCCAAGAUAUCACACGUAAAACAUAGGGAAAUCAAUACGGAUCUGAGAGGCCAGGCAAGUUGCAUUACCGGUAAAGGAGAAAAGUCAAGAUCAGUCGCAGCGUGUAUAUCUAAAACCGCGCUCAUACACCCGUUUAUUGUUUUAUUUUAG